GAUGGGGAAUGAGUAAAAGGGGGAAAAAAAAAAGGUGCGCAAAGAGAGAGAGAGAGAGAGAGAGAGAGGAAAAAAUCGGGAGGAGCUUUCGCUUUGGGCUUGGCUUGCGUUGCGUUGCGUUGCGUUGCGUGCAUUCGCAAUCCUUUUGUUCCCUAUUCCUUUGCCGACAUAUAACAUCAUAUCUUCCUUCCUUCCUUUUUUCCUCCUCCCCCUCUCCCCUUGUUUUCUUUUCGCAACGUUUAUCAUUAGCAUUAGCAGUAUAAAGCAAUACAAGAGGCGGUGGUGGAUCUCAUCAAUUGCCUCUGUUAACUGCUAAGGCUCUCAACCUGAUCCUGAAGCUAAAAGGGGCCGACCCGUAGAUAGACACACACCCACAGAGAGAGAGAGAGAGAGAGAGAGAGAAUAAGUUGAACUCAUCAUUCUCACUUCCCCUUCAGCAGCUUUUUGCUUGUUGGGGGGCGGUGUUCUUCUUCUUACUGAGUUCUUCUCGCUCUGUGAGGUGAGCUCCCAGGUGUAUCAUGCCCAACCAAAGAAUGGACGAGUUUGAUUACAUGGGGGACGAGAAGGAUUUUUUCGAUGAAAUGGAUGAAGAAGACAAUGGUAGAGACGCGGAUGAGAUUGCUGACGAAUAUGAAAUGCUUACGAAGCUCACCGAUACAUCUGCUGCCCAAGCAAGAAAGGGAAAGGACAUUCAAGGCAUUCUGUGGGAGAGGCUGAACAUAACUAGGGAGAAAUACAGGUUGACGAGGCUAGAACAGUACAAAAAUUACGAGAACAUUCCUGCCUCGGGUUUGACUUCAGAUAAGGAAUACAAACAAGUGGAAAAGGGUGCAAAUUACUAUGACUUCUUCCACAAUGCGAGAGUAGUGAAGCCCACUAUCCUCCAUUUCCAGCUUCGGAGCUUGGUGUGGGCUACUUCGAAGCAUGAUGUCUACCUUAUGUCCAACUAUUCGCUUAUGCACUGGUCAUCUCUGACUCGCAAUCUGACGGAUGUUCUCAAUUUCUCGGGACAUGUUAAACCCACUGAGAAACAUGCAGGGUGUCUAGUCGAAGGCUUUACGCAGACUCAGAUCAGUACAUUGGCUGUGAAGGAUAAAUUUCUCGUUGCAGGUGGCUUUCAAGGAGAGCUUUUCUGUAAGCAUUUGGAUCGGCCAGGAGUGAGCUUUUGUACGCAGAUGACCUACGAUGACAAUGCCAUAACAAAUGCCAUUGAGAUUUACGACAACCUUAGGGGUGGAAUGCAUUUCAUGGCUUCCAAUAACGACUGUGGGGUGAGAGAAUAUGACAUGGAGAGAUAUCAACUCCUAAAUCAUCAUCGCUUUCCUUGGCCAGUGAACCAUACCUCGAUGAGCCCGGACCGUAAAAUCAUAACUGUUGUCGGGGAUCACUUGGAUGGCUUACUUGUAGAUGCACAAAAUGGAAGGACAAUUGGCACACUGGUGGGCCACCAAGACUACUCCUUCGCCUCGGCAUGGCACCCCAACGGGCAGGUCUUCGCCACGGGCAACCAAGACAAGACGUGCCGUGUCUGGGAUCUGAGGAACGUCUCUGCCCCGCUGGCAGUCCUGAAGGGCAACCUGGGAGCCAUCCGUUCAAUCAGGUUCUCAUCGGACGGGCAGUACAUGGUGAUGGCGGAGCCUGCAGACUUUGUCCAUGUGUACAGCACGAGGGCAGACUACAAGGAGAGACAGGAGAUCGACUUCUUCGGGGAGAUAUCAGGGGUCUCACUUAGUCCGGACGAUGAGUCCAUGUAUAUCGGGAUAUGGGAUCGGACUUACGCGAGCCUCCUGCAGUACAACAGGAGACACAGUUAUGGGUAUCUCGACUCGGUUUUCUGAUGAUGUGAGGGGACAGCGAGGUGAGAGUGUGGGCAGUGGAAGAAGCAGCAAUCUGUUUCUUUCAUCUCCGUUUUCCUUAGUCCUUUUGGUGGGCACUGCAUAGGGAAACAUAGUGUGUUGAGUGGUUCAGGAAAUUUUCUACUUUUAGCGAGGUAUUCAUCUAGAUGUCUUUAUUGAUAUUCGCCGGAGUAAAAUGUGCUGACAAUCGGGAUCGAUAUGCAGUAAUCUUGUAUGAUGUGAUGAUAAGCAAUGAAACAUAAAAAGCAUAAAGCAAUCGAAUAAGCCGUAAAA